UCGCCAUAUGUAAGUCGAGAAAGAAAAGAUGUGAAAAUUUUCGGUCGAUUAAAAUGUGGAGGACAAAUCAGUAGUGAUUUUUUUCUUCAUUCUGGGAAGCAUUCCACUAUAAAAGUGUUCUGAAAAUCGAAUCAAAAUGUGCACCAAAAGCUUAUCCUGUCCAUUGUGUUGUCAGACCAACUUUCCUAACAUCGAUGCCUUACGUAUCAGUCUACUGAAGGCUACAUCGCGGCCAUUGAAAUGUCCGAUCUGUGCUGAUCAAUUGCUAGGACUAGAUAAAUUGACAAUUCAUCUUUUUGGCCACUCGAUUCUCGGUCAAGAGGAUGACUGCACCACGAGUCUGGAUAGGAAUAAAACUACGAUUACGAAUUCACUAAAGAAUGUUAGAAAACCAAAGAAGGAAGUAGCAGCAGGUGUCAGCAUGAAUCAAUACUCUCCAGAUACGCAAUUAAUAUUGAAUACCGCAAAGUGCGAUAUUUGCGGAGAUCAAUUCCAAGAUCAGAAUUUUCUAAGAAUGCACACAUCUGUAUUUCACGAGUAUCACAGUACGCCUGGCGGUAGUCCUAUGAUUUCUCAAGGAUCUAUGAUCCAGGUGGAUAAAUCGAAUGGUCUCUUUCCGUGCAGCAUGUGUCCCAAAGCAUUUCGGAUGAAGGGGUCACUUAAGAUUCAUAUGCGAGUAGUACAUCUAGGACGCCAUAAACUGAAUUCAACGGAAAAUAGAUGUAAUGAGAGCACUACUGCAAUGGUCACAAGCACCACUACGGUGCCUGCAUAUCAAUGUCAUGAUGCAAUGCAAUGCAAUACGCAAAGUAAUGUACAAACAGUCCCAACGCAACCUCAACAUCAACAUCAAUCACAUCAGCAGCAAUCAACACUCACGAUUGCUAACUCCAACGGACAAUCACAGAUUAUCAAGAUAUUGGAUCCACGGCAACUGACUGAAUUUAUCUACGUCGCGAAUCAACACCAGCAAGUCGUGGAACGUGCUACUAUAAAUGAUAGUCCUUCUAGCGUACCAUCACCAGAUGGCAGUUCCGAUGUUCCCUCUCCUUCUCAAGCUUCACCACAAUCUCUAAUCACAGGAAUGGACACCAACAAACAGUGGGAGUGUGAUGUCUGUCUGAAAAGUUUUACGACGAAGUACUUCCUUAAAAAACACAAACGACUACAUACAGGGGAAAUGCCGUACUCUUGUCAAAUUUGUGGAAAGUCUUUCACCUUCCAGCAGUCGUAUCACAAACAUUUGUUGUAUCAUAGCGACGAAAAACCACAUGUUUGUUCCGUUUGUGGUCGGGCAUUCAAGGAACUUUCCACACUGCAUAAUCACGAACGAAUUCACAGCGGAGAGAAACCGUUCUCUUGCGAAACCUGUGGCAAGUGCUUUCGGCAGCGAGUUUCGUAUCUGGUUCAUAGACGUAUUCAUACCAACACGCAACCAUACAAAUGCACCGCAUGCGAUAAAAGCUUCCGCUACAAAGUCUCCCAGCGAACUCAUAAGUGCCCGGCGCAACCGCCCGGAACUGUGGUCCGACAGACGGGUGAUUUACUGCAAAAACUUUUGCAAUCAUCGGCCAUUCUUCCGAAUCUCCACGAUACAUCAUACGCGAUGAGCGAUUCAGACCAACCUCCGCCGUCGAACGAGAGUAAUGACCAGGCGGAAGUAGCCAAAUCGGAUGAGUACAUCAACCGUACCUUAGACGAACUGUUGAACGAAUCGUACGACAAGAUGGGAAUCGGGAAUCAAUCUACCAGCUAUGAACAAACCGAAGCGCUUUUCGAUUCUAUAGAACAUCCGGAGCCACAUCAACAACAGGUACAAGCCCAGUCGUGUGGUACCGGCGAAAAUAACAUUGUCCCACGGAUUGAAAGUUUGUGCUUACUGUCUCCCAAUCCGCAGGAUGUGAUCGAUUUCGAUGGAGAAACCUUGGAAGCAAUCGAUUCAAUCAAGCUGGACUUGCUAUAUAACUGAUGAGUAAGAGUACAUGAUCGUUGGAAUGGUCUUUUUCUUUCUUUCGUAUAGAGCAGUCAGUCGAAUCAUUCAAUAACACACAAAUCAUUUAUAAACAACAGCAUUUGUUAACAAUGGCACCAGCCAUUGAAUCAACGAAGUGACAUUUUUUUUAACAUUUUAUUACUCCAAAACCAAUCUGCUACUGGAGGAUGUAGUCUCAACUAUGGCAAGGCAACUAAAUAAACAACCUAAUUUAUUAAA